UUGGCUUCUACUGUAAUAUUUACGUCAAAAGUACUACCAAUUAGCAGACGUCGCUGGGACCAUGAUCUCAGUGGCAAAUUCCCGCAGUGUGUAAUGAGUUUACUUUUACUAUCGUUACACACGUUGCUGAACCACGAUCUCAGUGGCGAAUUCCCGCAGUCGGUGGGGGGCUUUCGAUCAGCACACUGGCAGUGUAGAGGUACCCUUGAUGUUUCUAUAUUGGUAGGGUAGGGGUACCAUCCCAUUUCUUUUAACACUUUCAACUGAUUCGAAGGCCACAGGAUAUCGUAUAAUUGAUUCCUUGUAAUAAUCUGCGACAUUUAUCCAAGGCGAAAAACUGCCAAUUUGCAGCCAUGGAUCGCGGAGCUCCAAGCUACCAGAGCACCCUGAAUCGACCACUCGGUUAUCCUCAAGGACCGUCCGGCGGUUACUCGCAGGGAAUGUCGUCCGGCUCCGUCGCUCCGCAGUACAGCACAGGCUCGAACCCUCAACUGAACCCGAGCCCAUACCUGGGGUCGAGCCCUUACCCGGGGUCGAACCCUCCUUAUUCGGGACUGAAUCCCGCCGUGCCUCAAUACUCGACCUCGUCGAGCGGUGGCUUUCAGCCGACAGGCAAUCCGAGCAGCCAGCUUGAGGGAGCGACUUUGGGGGGUACUAACCCUAGCGUGGCAGCAUCCGUUUCCCCGUUUCCGCACCAAUACAGUCAGCCGCAGCAGCAGCAACAGCAGCAGCAGCAGCAGCAGCAGCAGCAGCAGCAGGAGUCGAACCAGCAGAGGUACCAGUACUUGAACCAGCAGCAGCAGGUGCAGCAGCCGCAGCAUCAUCAUCAGCAGCAGCAGGAGCAGCAGCAGCAGCAACUUAAGCAGCAGCAUAAGCAGCAGCAACAUGUCGGGUCUGGAGCUGUAGCCAUGCAAGACGCCAAUGCGUUGUGGGAGCGAAUCGAAACCCUAGAGGCGGAUCUGCGCAGUGCACGGCUGGAGGCAGCAAGGGCGAGAGCUGCUCUGGAGGCGCAAGAGCACCGAUGCGCCGGCCUGGUGGAGGAUGUGCGACGUUUGGAGUCGGAUCGAGCACUGCUCAAGAAGCAGGUGGACGCCUUCGCCUCUCAGCUGCACCUCACCAACUCGCAGCUCGCUCAGGCCCAGGCUGCUCUGCAGGCUGCGGAUGAGCAGAGCAAGGCGCACUCCAGCAAGUCAGGGGAGCAGACGGCAUCGCUGCGCAAGGCAGUGGAGGCAGCAGGCAUUGAGAGGGAUGCAGCCGUGCUGGCUAAGGAGGACUUGGCAUCGCAGGUGCGGGUGCUGAAGAGACGACUGCAGGAGGCAGAGGAGGAGCAGUGCAAGGCAGAAGAAGCAUCAGCUGCACUAGCAGCGGAGCUGAGAGCGUUGCAGCACUCAGCAGAGGCCACAGUGGAUAGGGCAGGUGCGGCGUUUGCUCCCGACCCGGACCAGCUCAGGGUUGCCGAAGCUGCCAGGGAUGCUGCCAAGGCUGAGUUGCAGGACGUGCGGCAGGAACUGACAGGCAUGCGGCAGCAGCUGAUAGCGGAGAGGCAGAGAGUGGCAGUGGCGUCUGGGAGCAAGGAGGAGGUUGAGAAGGAGCUGGCAACCGUGCAGGCGAAGCUGCAGGAGGCGUUGGAGGCCCAGGAGAGGCUCAAGAAGAACGUCAAGGGGGAGGUUCGGCAGGAGGAGGAGGGGAACAUCAGGUCCGCCAUCGAGGCUGAGGUUCGGCAGAAGCUGGAAGCGGAGGUCAGGGAAGAGGCUGAGAGUGAGUUUCGGAAGAAAGUGGAGGCCGAGGUUCGGCAGGACGUGGAGGGGAAGAUUCGUAAAGAGCUUGAAGCGGAGGUUCGGGAGAAGGUGAAGGUUGAGGUUCGGGAGGACCUAGGAGGAAAAUCUGGGGGAAUUGCAGAGGACUCAAAGGCCAGCAGUCAAGGAGAAGUGGAGGAGGGGGUUCAAGUGACUUCUGCGAGCGAUGAGGCUCGGAAAGAGAUCGAAGCAGCCGCUGUGGCUCGGACGCGGCAGGAGGCGAAGGAAGAGGCUCGGAAAGAGGUUCGGGAAGAGCUGCGGUCGGAGCUUCGGCAAGAAAUUGAGAAGCAGGUCCGGGGCGAGGUGACGGAGAAGAUCCGGGAGGAGGUGCGGAGGCAGGUUGAAGCAGAGGCAAGGUCAGAGGCAAAGGAUCAGAGUGAAGUGAAAGCAGUACAAGAGGUUACAGAGGGUGCUUCUUCUUCUGCUGCUGCUUCUGCUGCUGCUGGCCCAGCAAAGCAGACAGACGGGGAAGGUGUGGGAGUAAGAGGAAGGGAGGAAGUGGGAAGUGGAGUUUUGGCUGGGAAGGGAGAAGGAGAAGGAAAAGGAAAUGGUGUGGAGGGAGGAGGGGGAUCAGAGGGGGGAGAUGGGAGCCAGGCUGUAGUGCAAUUUGCGGAAGAGCUUGUGAGACUGAAGGAGGAGAGGGAGAGAGCAGAAGCGGAGCGGGCUCAGCUGAAGCAGCAGGUGGAGAAGCUGUCGGCCUCGCUGGCUAAGAAGGAGAAGGCACGGCUCAGGCUGCUCUCUGAGGUGGAUUCCCAGUCGCUGCAGAUAGAGCGCCUCUUCUCGGAGAACUCAGGGCUGGCAGCUGGGCUCAAGGAGGUCUCCGCCAUUGCCGCCCGCUGGGAGGCUCAGGUGCGAGCAUGGCAGCAGCUCCAGAGCGAGCAGCAGCAGGCGGAUAGCAGCAAAGAGGCAGCAGCAUCAUCAUCAACACCAGGUGCAGCAGCAGCAGCUUCUUCAACAGCAACAACAGCCAGUACAGCCGGAGUUCCGGGAGGAUCAGGAGGGGAGUUGUUGGGAGGCAUGUCAGCAGCAGCAGCAGCGGGAGCAGGAGGAGGAGCGGCGGCAGCAGCGGCAGUGGGUCCGGGGCUGGGAGAUACCGACACAGAGGCAGACAUGGACGACCAAGAGCUGCCAGUCUCCACCUCCCCCAGGCAGCACCUGGAGCUGCCACCGUUGUCUGCCUCCGGAAGCUUAGCAAAUGGGGAGCGGAAGGUGGAGGUGGUGGCGCUGCUGGGAGGUGAUGCGCUGGUGGGGAGGGGAGCGGGUGUGGAGGCGAAAGGAGGGGAUUCGGUGGGGUCGCUGAGGGAAGAGAACAGGAAGCUCAAGGACGAACUGAGUGCUGCCCAGCACCGCAUCCGCCAGCUGUCGGUGCAGUCGCUGCGCUCCAGCGCCAGCUGUACCACCGCGGUCCAGAGGCUGUCACAGACCAAGCGACUGUACGGCCCUCUGUUGAACAGCAUCGAGCAGAAACUUCUGCAGUACAAGCAAGAAACGCCAGCCAAUGGCCACCUGUGAAGUCGCUUGACCAGGAUAGCGCUAACUUGGUACUGUAUUUAUCAGGUGGACCUUUUAUUAAGCCGUGUAACGUGAAUUUAUGCAGUUAACUUGUGGGCAACUGGCUGACAGAAGAAAAUUGUUGUUGCGAAACGAUUUGGUUUGAGAAUGAUGU